AUGUUAGAAUUGAUUAACGGUCAAAUCAAUCCAUAUGUUGGUGUUGUAGAGGGAUUCUAUUGGCCUACUGGUGAUGCUGUGAAUGGACAAUCUGGUAGUUACAGUGCAACACAACGUAAUCAAUUGAUUCAAUUGUUGGCAUCGAAUGGUUUGGGUGUAUAUUGGUAUGCCGCACAACCACCAGUUGAUACUAUGGCAUUGUGGAGUGCUGCCGAGCUUGCUCAAUGGACCAAGACCCAAUCCUUUGCUACCCAGGUGGGUGUCAAACUCGUCUAUGGUUUACGUCCAGGUUGGUUAGGUACUGACUACUCUGCCAUUGUCACUAGAUUGACCCAAAUCCAAUCGGCCGGUAUUCGAUUCUACAGUUUAAACUUUGAUGAUGCCGAAGGUGUCCAAACGAGCCAACAACAAACCAGAGAGGUACAACUUGUCUCUUACUUGAACACUACACUACCCAAUAUGAAGCUGUGGGGUCUAACACCAUCCUACUACUACCAAGAAACCACUCGUACCGCUUGGAACACCAAUCUCCAGACUAUCGACGGUAUUGCAUCGACUGUACCAAUGAUCUUUACCGGUGAGACUAUUACACCUAGUACCUUUUCAUCUGCACAGUUUCCAACAUUGUCAUCGGGUCGUUCUAAAGUGUUUUGGGAUAACUGGAUUGCUGUAGACACAAGUGCUCGUAUUCCAUGGGGUAUGAUCUCUGGUAGAACACAAAACAAUAUCUUUACAUCACCCUAUGGAUAUAUACUUAACCUUGCGUAUCCCCUCGAACGUGUUGUGCACCACAUCUACUGUCUCGGUAAACUGUCUGCCGCUGCUGGUUCGUCACCCACUCUCCCAUCAUGCAGCGUCCCACAAGCAGCUGCAUACUGGGCAUCUUGGUUAAGCUACAAUGGCUUCUUGCAUUCGAGUACCCAGACUGUCGCCACUGUCACAUCAGGUCUCUCCACUGCCAUCUCUGCCGACGCCUAUUACACCAACAUUGCUCAAUUUGAAUCUGCCAACCCUUCACUUUCUGGACAAGCAUUCAUUUUUUUACAAAGACAUCGUGCUUAG